AUGCCCCCCACCCUGGGGCUAGGGAACAGCAGCCUGGAGGCGGGGGCGCCUUCCUCAGGCCCCGGGGGCAUCGCGGGCAUCGCGGGCAGCGGCUGGGCGGCCGCCCUGCUGGGCCUCAUCGUCGCCCUGACGGCGGCCGGCAACGCGCUGCUCAUCCUGCUCAUCUGCAGCCAGCCGUCGCUGCGCAACACGUCCAACUACUUCCUGGCGUCGCUGUUCAUGGCCGACCUGAUGGUGGGCCUGGUGGUCAUGCCCCCGGCCCUGCUCAACGCGCUGUACGGCCGCUGGGUGCUGGCCCGCCGCCUCUGCCUGCUCUGGGCUGCCUUCGACGUCAUGUGCUGCAGCGCCUCCAUCCUCAACCUCUGCCUCAUCAGCCUGGACCGCUACCUGCUCAUCCUGUCCCCGCUGCGGUACAAGCUCCGCAUGACCCCCCGGAGGGCCCUGGCCCUCAUCCUGGCCGCCUGGACCCUGGCCGCCCUGGCCUCCUUCCUCCCCCUCCACAUGGGGUGGCACCAGCCGGGGGCCCGGGCCCUCAACGCCACGGCCGCCGACGGGCAGUGCCGCCUCACGGUCAGCCUGCCUUUCGUCCUGGUGGCCUCCUGCCUCACCUUCUUCUUGCCCUCCGUGGCCAUCUCUUUCACCUACUGCCGGAUCCUGCUGGCCGCCCGCAAGCAGGCCGUCCAGGUGGCGUCCCUCGCCGCCACCGUGGCCGGCCCCUCCGACGACCCCUGGCAGGCGCCCAGGACACCGACCGACAACAGGCGGCUUGUCACCAAGCACAGCCGGAAGGCGCUGAAGGCCAGCUUGACCCUGGGCAUCCUCCUAGGCAUGUUCUUUGUGGCCUGGCUGCCCUUCUUCGUGGCCAACCUAGCCCAGGCCGUGUGCGACUGCGUCCCUGCCGGCCUCUUCGACAUCCUCACGUGGCUGGGCUACUUCAACAGCACCAUGAACCCCAUCAUCUACCCGCUCUUCAUGAGAGACUUCAAGAGGGCCAUGGCCAAGGUCCUGCCCUGCCCGCAGCGGGCUUGGGAGCGCCAGGCCAGCCCCAUCUCCCUCUCCGCGCGCAACUCGCACAGUGGCCCCCGGCUCGGCUUGGCCCUCAAGAAUGCCCUGACCGUUCCUGGGGAGACGGACUCGGGCGACUCGGUGCUGCAGGUCACCGACCGCCUCUUGCUGCCCAAGGCCCCCGGGCUGGACCCGCUGACGCCCACGGGGGCCGAUUCGGUCAACCUCUUCGACAUGGAUCCCGCCGAGCAGGAACUGCGUCUGCACCCGCUCAACACGCCCAUGGACUGAGGCAGAGGGCUGGGCAGAGCCGGGGUUCACGUCUGGUCCUCCCCACCCCUCUCCCCGGGGGCAGAGCCUGCCUCUUCCGGUGGUUGGGGUUUUGAUGGUCAAGAUGUGCCACCCCCUCCACGGCCACCCCCAAGGCAGGGCGGCACGUGAGAAUUGGGCAGACCAUUGGCCGGAGGACUUUGGGAUGGGAUGGGGGUGGAUGGGGUUUGGGGUUACUGGCAGGAGACCACCUUGGCUGGAAAAACAUCCCUGCCGUCGGAGAGAGAAACAAGUCCAAGGCUCCCUCAGGCCCUGCUCUGCUUCUCUCUGCCUCUUCCCAACCUUGAGCCACAUUAACCGGUCAGAUGAGAGGCUCCCAGCCUGGCCAGCUCCCGGGCACCUUCCCUUCUGUCCCCACCCUGACACCACCCUCUUCAUAUCUCCGUUUCCCAGAUGAUGAGGGCAGGGACGAGGAUGAGUGUCCCUUGGGGGCAGGGAGGAGUCGGGACAGAGCAAUCCGCCUGGACCUAUGUCUUGGGAGAGUGGAAUCUGGAGCUGGUGGCCCCAGUUGCGGUUUUCAGGUCCCCAUCCUGUACUGUACCCAACCGUGGUCACGCCGUCCAAGGUUCCACAGGGUUACCCGAGACAAAGAGCCCUUUCCUUUUUUCAUUUGCACAAUGCAGUACUGCUUGCUGCAGUACACGAGAAUGCUAAGCAAAAGACAGCCAGACCAUUUGGACUCAUUUGACUGUCUACCCUCCUUUAAUCUCACGCCCUCGGUUCCAGGACAGUUUUUGAGCUAUGUUUCUUCGAGCAAACAGGGUGACUUUCUCCUGAGCCUCCUUGAAUUUGGACCCACUUUUCUGCCUUGCCCGGGGUCUGUACCGCUCCUUCUCCCAGGC